AUGCAAUUCAAGAAGGCCAGUACUGUCGCGCUCAGCGGGUGGCUACUGCCAGCGCUGGCAGCAGCACAGGGGCCAGGUACAGCGAACCACGCCAACCUGGUACCAAGGACUGCCAUUGGCGGCGCCGGCGUACAGGUCACUCCUUACGACAACUGCCCACAGUACGAUUUCACCUGGAAGGCCAAGAAUAGCGGCUACGCACCCUACAAGGUCUCAGUCGAGAAGGUCGAGUGGGAAUACGACAAUGUGUAUACGGUGACCAUUCGCGCGAAGGGCACCGACCCCACGCCGCUCAAGUCUCUGUGGUCAUUGAAGAUAAUUGGGGUGGACUCUCCGGACGGGUCUUCGUUCCAGCUGUUCGGCUAUAACGAACACACGUUUUUGAUCGACAACCCCAGCGACUACCAGGCCACGUUCCGCGUGUACGCGCAGGAUGGCGGGGAUGGCAAGGUGUGUAUGCCAGAGUACAAGAUCCAGUACGAAUACUGCCAGGGCCACACCGAUUGUUCGGACUGGAAGUACGGCACGACUGCGAUUGAUCUGGAAAUGGGCUGCUCCAACGUGGACAACAUGAACCACUCACAGAAGGACUCGCCCGCGUACUGCUGGCCGCGCGGCGAGCUGCCCCACACGAAGCCUCCCCACAGCACGGAGCCGGGGACCGAAACCGGGACGACCACGACCGUGCCAGUGACUCCGACUUCUGUUCUGCCCAAGACCAGUGACAGUAUGUCCUCCGAGUCUGUGUCCUCUACCACGUCCUGUUCGAAGACAACCAAAUCCAAGGUUCCUCCAAGCUCUGCACCAGAGACGCCAACUUCAGUUCUACCAAAGACCAGCGAGAGCAUGUCUUCCGAGUCUGUGUCCUCUACCACGUCCUGUUCGAAAACAACCAAAUCCAAGGUUCCUCCAAGCUCGGCACCAGAGACGCCAACCUCGGUUGUGCCGAAGACCAGCGAAUCUAGCGUGCCUCCAAGCUCUGCACCAGAGACGCCAACCUCAGUUGUGCCAAAGACCAGCGAAUCUAGCGUGCCUCCAAGCUCUGCACCAGAGACGCCAACCUCAGUUGUGCCAAAGACCAGCGAAUCCAGCGUGCCUCCAAGCUCUGCACCAGAGACGCCAACCUCAGUUGUGCCAAAGACCAGCGAAUCUAGCGUGCCUCCAAGCUCUGCACCAGAGACGCCAACCUCAGUUGUGCCAAAGACCAGCGAAUCUAGCGUGCCUCCAAGUUCUGCACCAGAGACGCCAACCUCGGUUGUGCCAAAGACAAGCGAAUCUAGCGUGCCUCCAAGCUCUGCACCAGAGACGCCAACCUCAGUUGUGCCAAAGACCAGUGAAUCUAGCGUGCCUCCAAGCUCUGCACCAGAGACGCCAACCUCGGUUGUGCCAAAGACCAGCGAAUCUAGCGUGCCUCCAAGCUCUGCACCAGAGACGCCAACCUCAGUUGUGCCAAAGACCAGUGAAUCUAGCGUGCCUCCAAGCUCUGCACCAGAGACGCCAACCUCGGUUGUGCCAAAGACCAGCGAAUCUAGCGUGCCUCCAAGCUCUGCACCAGAGACGCCAACCUCGGUUGUGCCAAAGACCAGCGAAUCUAGCGUGCCUCCAAGCUCUGCACCAGAGACGCCAACCUCAGUUGUGCCAAAGACCAGCGAAUCUAGCGUGCCUCCAAGCUCUGCACCAGAGACGCCAACCUCAGUUGUGCCAAAGACCAGCGAAUCCAGCGUGCCUCCAAGCUCUGCACCAGAGACGCCAACGUCUGCUGUAUCAAAGACUACAGAAAGUGUUUCAACUCAUAGAUCGUCCUCUCAGAGCUACACUGCCAGCACCGUGACCACCACUGUCAGCGGCAGUGUUGUCACCUUGUCGACCACUGUUCCAUGUGAGCCAACUGGCACCACGUCUGUUCCUCCAAGCUCGGCACCAGAGACGCCAACCUCAGUUGUGCCAAAGACCAGUGAAUCUAGCGUGCCUCCAAGCUCUGCACCAGAGACGCCAACCUCGGUUGUGCCAAAGACCAGCGAAUCUAGCGUGCCUCCAAGCUCUGCACCAGAGACGCCAACCUCAGUUGUGCCAAAGACCAGUGAAUCUAGCGUGCCUCCAAGCUCUGCACCAGAGACGCCAACCUCGGUUGUGCCAAAGACCAGCGAAUCUAGCGUGCCUCCAAGCUCUGCACCAGAGACGCCAACCUCAGUUGUGCCAAAGACCAGCGAAUCCAGCGUGCCUCCAAGCUCUGCACCAGAGACGCCAACCUCUGCUGUAUCAAAGACUACAGAAAGUGUUUCAACUCAUAGAUCGUCCUCUCAGAGCUACACUGCCAGCACCGUGACCACCACGGUCAGCGGCAGUAUCGUCACCUUGAAGACUACCGUCCCAUGUGAGCCAACUGGUACCACGUCUGUUCCUCCAUCUAGCGAACACAAGCCAUCAGGCUCCACUAACAGCUCUAUCCCUGUGACGACCGGGACCUCCGUUCUGCCAAAGACCUCAGAAAACGUUUCCUCGACGACCGGAUCGUCCGCUGAGAGCUACACUACCCAGACUGUUACCACUACUGUCAGCGGCAGUGUCGUCACCUUGAAGACCACUGUCCCAUGUACACCAACCGGCAACACGUCCGUGCCAGUCUCUAGCGCCGCGAAGCCAUCUGCUAGCACAUCGGUUCCUUCCUCUAGCGGAAAGGUGCCAUCAGGAUCUGCAGGCAGCUCUAUUCCGGCAACUGGUACCUCUGUUCUGCCAAAGACCUCAGAAAACGUUUCCUCGACGACCGGAUCGUCCGCUGAGAGCUACACUACCCAGACUGUUACCACUACUGUCAGCGGCAGUGUCGUCACCUUGAAGACCACUGUCCCAUGUACACCAACCGGCACCACGUCUGUUCCUCCAUCUAGCGAACACAAGCCAUCAGGCUCCACUAACAGCUCUAUCCCUGUGACGACCGGCACCUCUGUUGUACCAAAGACCACAGAGAACGUUUCUUCGACGACCGGAUCGUCCGCUGAGAGCUACACUACCCAGACUGUUACCACUACUGUCAGCGGCAGUGUCGUCACCUUGAAGACCACUGUCCCAUGUACACCAACCGGCAACACGUCCGUGCCAGUCUCUAGCGCCGCGAAGCCAUCUGCUAGCACAUCGGUUCCUUCCUCUAGCGGAAAGGUGCCAUCAGGAUCUGCAGGCAGCUCUAUUCCGGCAACUGGUACCUCUGUUCUGCCAAAGACCUCAGAAAACGUUUCCUCGACGACCGGAUCGUCCGCUGAGAGCUACACUACCCAGACUGUUACCACUACUGUCAGCGGCAGUGUCGUCACCUUGAAGACCACUGUUCCAUGUGCGCCAACCGGCACCACGUCUGUUCCUCCAUCUAGCGAACACAAGCCAACCGGCACCACGUCCGUCCCAGUCUCUAGCGGCCAGAAGCCAUCCGGCACCACGUCCGUCCCAGUCUCUAGCGGCCAGAAGCCAUCCGGCUCCGCUGUAUCUUCUACUCCUGUUGGUAGUGCCCCACCUAAACCUAGUGGGGCUUCGGAAUCUAUCAUCGUGAUAACUUCCGAUGAUAUCACCACCACGUACACCUCGGUUAUUGAACAGGUGGUUACCAUCACCAACUGCGAUAACGGAGAGUGCGAAACAGUGACAACCUUUGCUCCAGCUACAGAACCUACUCCUGUGUCUGCGUCUGCGUCUGCGUCUGCUUCUACAGCCCCAGUUACCACAAGCCCUGUACAUGAAACCGGCUCUUCUGUUCCGGCUUCCAAGGCGGUGCCAUCUGUUCCAGUUACUCACGCUUUUGUGCACAACACUGGCUCUUCCGUUUCGGCUCCACCUAAUGCCACUCCUACACCCGUUCCCGCAGCGGAGGACGACACCACGACCAUCAUCGUUCAAGAUAUUGUGGUGACUGUUACAUACAACGAGGCGUACGCUGAAAGCACAACCACCCACAUGGUUAAUGGUACUACCAGCGUGGCCACCCAUACCACGAAGGUGAAAGAGCUACCUCCUGUUGUGACAGGUACUGGUACCAACUCUAACGGUUUAACGACUGUCACUGCAACCUUAGGGAACAAGACCACUAAGACCGUCUGCCCAGAAGGCGGCUGUCAGUUGUCCACACCAACCACUGUCCCGCCUGCUACUGAGACUCCAGUCGGUGGGCAACCAACAGGUAACAAGCCAGGUGCUCAAUGUCCAGAGGGCAACUGCCACACUUCCGCUCCACCACACCCAUCCGUCACUUCUUCAUCCGGUUAUCCAUCGCGGGUCUCUUCCUCAGCGACUGCUCCUUCGUCUUCCAUCUCGGUCUUUGAUGGCGCCGGUGUCAAGAAGCAUCCUUCAUUGUUGGCUUUGGCCAUUCCAUUUUUCUACCUAUUGGGUUAA